AUGAAGUCCUCGAAAGGCUCCUGGAGUCCGAAGAAGAUCUAUCAGGCGUUCAGGAACAACGGUACUGCAUACCAGCAGCAACAGCAACAACAAGUGCGUCUUCGUUCUGAUCCUUCAGCCCCCGUCAAUGAAGACGUGACGCAGCCCAUGGCGAAGACAAACAUAAGCUGCAUUCACUUGGGCUUUGCGGCAUACAUGAUCACAAGCGUCAUGCUCGCCUACAACGGAAUCAUGUCCGUCCUCCUCCUCCAAGCCAGCCGUGUGCCCGAUGAUACAAACCAUGAGAUUUGGUUGAAGAAUUUUUUGGUGAGGGAUGCAAAGACGGGGACGUGGAUUAUUUCUGUGGCAGAGUGGAUCUUGGCGUUCCUGGGGAUCUUUUUGGUCCAAGUUGCUAGUUGGUACUGGGUACUGUUGGCUUAUGAUCGUCAGAUGAGGGAUCGUAGAUUGAAGGAAAAGAAUACCAAUGCUGGUGGUGGUGGUGGCGCACCUCGCUCUCUGCCUACUGUCUCUGAGAAAGUGUAA